UUUCACCACUUAAAGCAAAGGGAGUCGGAGCAGCAGCCCCGUUCCCGAGAAACACGUUAACUCGAACAGUACAAACACACUUCCCCCCCAUCCGGCGCGACGGAGCACGGCCAGAGAAACGCCAACUUCCAGAUCUCCAUGAGCAGUGCGCUGAACACGCAGCUCCAGCGUUUCAGGGCUCGUAUCGUAUUCGCAUCUCGUGCCCGCACCGGAGCGUAUGUGGAGGUCAAACGGACGAUUCUAUGAGAAUCCCUACGCGAGACGAGACCAAGUUUGGUUGUUAGCUUAACGGGAGGCGAGAGAAGCGCGCGGGAAGGAACAGAAGGGAAGAUGGUUUGGAACGGUGCCGCAAGAGGCUGCUGGCUCUGCGUCCUCGCGCUGUGGCUGGGCUGUACGUCUCCCCCUUGUAAAGCGCGGAUUUACACCAACCAUUGGGCAGUGCGGAUAGAGGGGGGACCCGACUUCGCAGAACGGAUAGCGAGCAAAUACGGCUAUAAAAAUCUUGGUCAGAUUGGUGACCUGAAGGACUACUACCACUUCUUCCACAGCCGCACGAUAAAGAGGUCCACUCUCACAAGUCUUGGCCAGCACAGCUUCAUCUCAAUGGAGCCAAAGGUUAGCUGGGUGGAGCAGCAGGUGGUCCGGCGGAGAGUGAAAAGGGAUUACAAAGCAGUCCCCCCCCCUCCCAGCCAGUCCUCCAUCUACUUCAAUGAUGCUAAAUGGAACAGUAUGUGGUAUAUUCACUGUAACGGAGACCUCCAUAACUGCCAAUCAGACAUGAAUGUGGUGGGGGCUUGGAGGAAAGGCUACACUGGGAAAGAUGUGGUGGUCACGAUACUGGACGACGGCAUAGAGAGGAACCACCCUGACCUCAUACAGAACUAUGACAACCAGGCCAGCUACGAUGUCAAUGGCAAUGACAUGGACCCUAUGCCCCGAUAUGAUGCCAGUAAUGAGAACAAGCAUGGGACACGGUGUGCAGGUGAAGUGGCAGCAUCAGCAAACAACUCCCACUGCACUGUUGGAAUUGCCUAUAACGCACGCAUUGGAGGUGUGCGGAUGCUUGAUGGCGAUGUGACUGAUAUGGUGGAGGCCAAGUCGCUCUCUCUGCACCCGCAGCACAUAGACAUCUACAGUGCCUCCUGGGGACCAGAUGACGACGGCAAGACUGUGGACGGUCCUGCCGCGCUGGCCAAGCAGGCCUUUGAGAACGGCAUCCGCCUGGGCAGGAAGGGCCGGGGUUCCAUCUUCGUGUGGGCCUCGGGCAACGGCGGCCGCAGCAGGGACCACUGCUCGUGCGACGGCUACACCAACUCUAUCUACACCAUCAGCAUCAGCAGCACAGCCGAGAGUGGACGCAAGCCCUGGUACCUGGAGGAGUGCGCCUCCACCCUCACCACCACCUACAGCAGCGGCGAGAACUACGACCGCAAAAUAAUCACUACGGACCUGCGGCAGCGCUGCACUGACAAUCACACGGGCACCUCAGCCUCAGCACCCAUGGCUGCUGGGAUCAUCGCACUUGCCCUGGAAGCAAAUACUCUGCUCACCUGGCGGGAUGUUCAGCACAUCAUUGUGAAAACCUCCCGAGCCGGUCAUCUGAGCGCGCCUGACUGGAAGACCAAUGCAGCCGGAUACAACGUCAGUCACCUGUACGGCUUUGGAUUGAUGGACGCGGAGGCGAUGGUCCGGGAGGCGGAACGGUGGAAGCAGGUCCCUGCCCAGCACAUCUGCCUCGAGAGCGCUGACCGUCAGAUCAGGACCAUCCGUCCAGAUCAUGUGGUGCGCUCUGUGUACAAGGCCACCGGCUGUGCCGAGAGCUCCAAUCACCACGUCAUCUACCUGGAGCAUGUGGUGGUCCGCAUUACCAUCACGCACCCCCGCCGAGGCGACCUGUCCAUCAACCUCACCUCACCCUCAGGGACCAAAUCCCAGCUGCUCGCCAACAGGCUGUUUGACCAUUCCAUGGAGGGCUUUAAGAACUGGGAGUUCAUGACAACUCACUGUUGGGGCGAAAAGGCAGCAGGAGACUGGAUCCUGGAGAUCACAGACUCACCCUCACAGCUCCGCAGCCAGAAGGCACCAGGGAAGCUAAAGGAGUGGUCUCUGGUGCUGUAUGGCACCUCUAUGCACCCGUACUCUGGACGCAGUGACAAGCCCCGUUCUGUCUCCGCUGUGGAGCAGCCUGCUGACGAUGACACCCACGAGUACAACGGUCCCUGUGACUCAGAGUGCAACGAGCGCGGCUGUGAAGGCCCUGGUCCCCAGCAGUGUAUUAACUGCCUCCACCACUUCCUCAAGUUCAAGAACAACACCAGGACAUGUGUGUCGGAAUGUCCACCGGGCUUCUUCCCUGAUGACCGUCAACGCUGCAAGAAGUGCUCGGCCCUGUGCGAGUCCUGCGUGGGCAGCCGCAGUGACCAGUGCAGCUCCUGCAGACAAGGCUUCUACCUGAAAGAAGGAGCCCAGACCUGUGUGCCCUCCUGUCCUGAUGGCUUUUAUCUGGACCAGGACUCAAAAAAGUGCCGAAAAUGUCAAGAGAACUGCAAGAAGUGCACAACUGCAAACAUCUGCACUGAGUGCAAGCCUGGUCUUAGUCUGCAGGACACCCGUUGUCAGCUGGCAUGUGAGCCGGGCACCUACUAUAACGGGCACAGACGAGCGUGCGAGCCAUGUCACUCUGCGUGUGCAACAUGUGCUGGUACAGGAAUGGAGGCGUGUCAUGAAUGUGCAGAGGGCUACUACCUUGAGGACUGGAGGUGUGUGUCCAGCUGCAGUGUUGGGUACUACAUGUCCGAGCAGAAGGGCGAGAAUGGAGACAUCCAAAAAUCGUGCCGCAAGUGUGACUCCACGUGUUUCUCGUGCACUGGGCCAGGCGAGCGCAACUGUAGCGUCUGUGUGAACGGCUACAACCUGGAGGAUGGCGUGUGUGUGGUCAGCACUAUCUGCAAAGAUGGAGAGUACUACAGUAGACAUGAGCAGUGCCAUCAUUGUGAUUUUAGCUGUGAAACGUGCACUGGACCGGAGCCUGAGGACUGCAUGCGCUGUUCCCGCAUGCGGCUGUACGAUAAUGGACGGUGUGUAAUUCGCUGUGAUUCUGGCAAGUAUGCAAUGGGGGGGCAUUGCCGCUUGUGCCACCACACGUGCCACGAGUGCUCGGACGAUGGCCCCACCAACUGCACCAGCUGCGACACAGAUAGCUCUGGGGUGGCCCGGUAUUUGUUCGAGGGGCAGUGCCGUGACUCAUGUCCCGAGGGCCACUUCCCGUACCACUUCCUGACGCGCAGUGAGUGCAAGGCGUGCCCGGAGCACUGUCGCGUGUGCGCGACCGCUGAGACGUGUGUCCACUGCAGCCCUGGCUUCUACCCCAAGGACGGAGAGUGCCUACCGCUCAGCUGCGGGGAGGGCGAGAUGGAGGAUGAUGACCAUGAGGAGUGUGUGACCUGUGAGGAGGGCUGUAAGAGCUGCUUAACAAUUAAUCGGUUCCACUGCAACACCUGCUACCCUGACUACUACCAGUACGGGGUAAUGUGCCACAGGCACUGCCCUGAUGGGACGUUUGGAGUGAACAGCACGCGAGUAUGUGAGAUGUGUGAGCAUCACUGCCGCAUCUGUGACGAGUCCCAGUGCUACUGGUGCGAGGAUGACUACUACCUGUCAGAUGACAAGUGUGUGAAGGAGUGUGCAGAGGGUCUCUAUGGUGACGCGGAGCGCCGCGAGUGUGUGGACUGUCACCAUGGCUGCCGCACCUGUAAGGGCCCUGCCCAUGACGACUGUGACUCGUGCGAAGAUGGACUGAAGCUGGAAAAUGGGCAGUGUGUCCACACUAAUCUGAGUAGCACCUGCCGGCAGGAUCAAUUCCUCAGUGAAAAGGAGGAGUGUUUGUCAUGCUCUUCUGACUGUGGCACCUGCUCUGGUCCAUUGGACAAUCAGUGUGACACCUGCGACUCAGGUCGCUUCCUCGCUCCGGAUCAGCGGUGUGUGAGGCAUUGUCCGGCAAGGAGCUUUGGGAACGGGUCGUCGCGGCGCUGUGAGGAGUGUGUGUCGGGGUGUGCGCAGUGUGAAAACGCACAGAGCUGCCAGCUCUGCCAGUCCACACCUGUCCAGCUCUACCUCAAAGAUGGCCGCUGUGUGCCCGAGUGUCAGAGUGGUUACCCAGAGGGGGGAGUGUGUGUGUCCUGUGACCCCCACUGUGAGACGUGUGAGGGGCCACAGAUUUGUGUGCGCUGCAUGGAACAGUACCUGCUGCACGGCCACUCUUGUGUGGGUCACUGCCCCCAGCGCUAUCGGCCUGAGAAGGGGGAAUGUGUGCGCUGCCCCAGCGGCUGCUCAGACUGCCACGCAAACGGCCGCUGCUCUGACUGUGAACAGUACUAUUUCCUGCGUAAGGACGAGUGUGUAGUGGACUGUCCCGAGGGUUUCUAUGAGAGCUUGUCCACUCGUGCCUGUGAGAAGUGUCACUCCGACUGCGCAGCCUGUGACGGCCCUGACGAAGACGACUGCGUGAAGUGUAGCCGUCGCCGAGCGCUGCGCUAUCAUGGGAAAUGUCUGCUCGCCUGCCCGAGUCACGCGUACCAUGACAAGCAGAGGGCCGAGUGCAGGGAUUGUGACAGAACGUGUCUGACGUGUGGGGGUCCACUGCCCACAUCGUGUGAGACCUGUGAGGAGGGCAUGGAGCUGGACGCCACAGGACACUGCAUGGUGGUGAACACGUGCCCAUCCCACUACUACCCUGAUGCAAGUGGCCAGUGCCAACCCUGUCACUCCACUUGCCAGCACUGCACUGGAGGCAAGGCCACACACUGCCUCUCCUGCAGGCCCGACAGCUACCUCCUCAACCACACCUGUAUGACGCAGUGUCCUGAUGGUUACUAUGGUGACGAUGAUACUCGCCAGUGUGAGCGGUGUCAUGUCACCUGCCGCUCAUGCAGCGGUCGUCACAGCACGGAGUGCCUGAGCUGCCGAGAGAGUCUUUUCCAGCUCGGAAACACUUGUGUCUCCAACUGCGGCUCUGGUUACUAUGGCAGCAACGCGACGUGCUUGCGCUGCGAUCACUCGUGUGAGACGUGCUGGGGUCAUGGCUCCUACUGCACCAGCUGCAAAGAUGGCUACUUCAUGCUGGACGCGCAGUGCCUCUACACCUGCCCUGACCAGUACUAUCCCAAGACGCGAGAUCACACCUGCCAGCACUGCCACGCCACCUGCAAGACCUGCCGCGACUCAGGGCCAAUCAUGUGCACUUCCUGCUAUGCUGGGUUCCACUCUAUGGGCGGGAUUUGCAGCUCUCCCUGCCUGGCUGGCUACUACCCCUCCACACUGUCUGUGCCACAGAACUCAGAUGUGAAGUGUGAGGCGUGUCACCCGAGCUGUACGGAGUGUAAGGGUGCUGGUCCCGCUAACUGCACGCAGUGCCCGGCUCUCCAGCGCCUGGCCAUAGACGGCCGCUGCCUCAGCUGUUGCGGGGAGGGCCAGCGCAUGGACGGCGCCCCCAUCCCCUGGGAGUGCUGCGAGUGCCAGCAGUUAGAUGACGGCUGUGUCCUGGGAGUGAACUUCCGCUUCGUGAAGCCGACGGAGCAGGAGGUGGGCGAGGCGCUGGGGGGCGUGGUGGCCACGCUGGUGCUGCUGGCGGUGGCCGUGGGGCUGACGGUGUUCCUCGUCCUGUGGAUGCGCGCCACCUCACCGCGCGCCCCCAUGGUGUUCCUGCGCGGCUACGAGAAAGUGUCUGUUCAGGCCAUGCCUUUGCCCCCAGACUCCAUGAUGAACUUCCGGGACGGUCCAGAUGACGAUGAGGAUGACGAAGAGGAGGAGGAUUGUGACAUUGUGUACAUGGGGCAAGACGGCACGAUGUAUCGCAAGUUUAAGUACGGCCUGCUAGAUGAACAUGAUGAUGAACCUGAGCUGGAAUACGAUGACGAGGGUUACACCAUGACGGGCAUUAGCGCAAACACAGAGACAUGAUUGCACACACCCACACGCUUACACUGAUAUAAUAAUAUAAAAAUGCACCGUUCACCAUUCAAAAUUCAUGCCAUAGUGAAUACUAAAUACAUUUCAAAAAGGUAGGCUACACACAGAUGUCAAUCUGUGAGUUUUGCUUUUCACCUACAGAGGGAGCUGUUCUUCCACUAUACAAUCCAUUGUCUACACAUGUAGGUUGUUGUAUUGGCUAUAUAUGUUUGGUCUUUGUAUAUCUGGUGACAUUUUAAAUUAAACCUUUGUUGUAUAAUUUUUUCAGUUUCAGUAGAAUUCUGCUUUUGCCUGUCCUUAUGACAACCACACUGAAGGAUAAUCUUUGGGUGUGAUGUGUGAUACAGUCAGUGUGAGAAUGAUGGAAAUAAAAAAGCUGACAGUUCAUGGUGACAAGACAAAAUUGUAUUUAAAAUACUUAUUUUUUUAUUAAAUGUAUUACUUUAUUAAGUAAUUAACUAGGGCAUUAUCAUUUCAUUUGUAGGGUAUUAUAAAGGUAUCAUAAAUAAAACAGCUAAAAUUUUCUAAAAGUAGUGUUACUACUGUAAUAUUAAAACAUGAACCAAUCUGAAUUUCAUGUUAAAUCAUUUGUGAUACCCAGAGCCAGUUUUCAAGGGGAUUUACUGAAAUAUGUUCUUACGUACAUCAUUUGAAAAUGUUUCUCAUAUAAAAUUAAAAUGCUGUAUGUGCCGUCAACAUUCACACA